UCAGUGAUAGUUGCGAUUUUUUUGUGUUAUUAUUGAUAUUAUGCAGUAUAUAUUUUCACAAGUGGUUUUUAUUUUCAUCAUUUUAAAAACUCGACAUGCACUGCCAUCCUGUACGCAUCCACCAUGCAGAUAUGACGUGAUCCGAAGUCCAGAGGACAUGAGCGGCCUCGUUGUUCGCGAUAACUCUCUCCAUUCCAUCAACUGGAGCUGGGAAGUACGCGGAGGAAGUUGGAACGUCACUUACAAGUACAAUUACCCGAGCGGUUGGUACGAAGGGACGGCGAUUUUCGUUAAUUGUUCGACCUACAUGGCCGGCAAAGAGCAGGCCACCGUGUCCUGGGGGUAUAUCAAAAAUUGGGAGAGCAACGCGAUCCCAGUCUACGCCAACGCGUGGAAUAUCAACUACAACGGUGAUGUGUUCGGUUUCAUACCAUCUAAUUAUGGAAGAUACACGUUCAGGAUUUACUCGAAGAACAAAAGACACAAUCCUUUUGGCGAGGACUUGCAAUACCCUCCUGAUUUCUGCACUUUAUCAUCAAACGAUAAAAAGGAGAUGUCAAAGUGGUGGAUGCAAAAAAAGGCGCAAAAGAAUUGCCAGGAAGCGACUGUAAUCUGGAACUGGAACUCAAACAGAGGGAGAUGGAAGAUAUUGUACAAAUGGGCGCAUAAUACAGACAAGACAACGUGUUCCGUUUCGUACAGAAAUUUCGCGACAGGUCAGGAAGUCGAGGUGAUCAACUGGGAAUUGGACGUGCCUAUGAAAUCGAUCAAAUACAAAACCAACCCGAUGAGGAUUGUCAAUGAAAACUCCUGGCAACUCGCCCUGUCGCCAUCGGAAAAUUGGGGCUUCACCCCGACCGGAGAUGGCCAGUGGAUAUUCCAACACUUCUCGAGGAACAUUGUGUUUCGUCCAUUUAAUGACGUUCGUGGGGCGCUGGGAAUGGCAUAGCAGAUUGAAGAUUACUUUUUUUAUGUUAAUUAAAUUAAGACUAUAUGAUGUUUUUAAUUUGUAUACAUUUUUAACAGUAUUAAAUGAUUCCUAUUGUUAAUCAACAUUAUAUCCAAAUUACUUCAAAAUAAAUGGAA